AUGGCCACCAUAGAUUUCACAGUAAGAAUGAUUUUUUUAUCAGAGAAUAUAGUUGGAAUACUGGGGAAUGUCUCUCUUCUUUACCAUUAUCUCUUCCUUUGCUUCACUGGAUGCAGGCUGCGGUCCACAGAUUUGAUUGUGGAACAUCUACUGGUGGCCAACACCUUGGUCAUGCUCUCUAUAGGAAUCCCAAUUACAAUGGCAGCAUUUGGGUGGGAACAUUUUCUCAACGAUAUUGGAUGCAAACUUCUUUAUUAUAUUCACAGAGUGGCCAGGGGUGUGUCCAUUGGCACCACCUGCCUUUUGAGUGUCUUCCAGGCCAUCAUCAUCAGCCCCAGGAAUGCCAGGUGGGCAGAGCUUAGAGUGAAAGCUCCCAAGAACAUUGGGUUGUCUAUUUUCCUCUGCUGGAUCCUACAACUGCUGAUAAAUAUUAUUUUUACUCUGUAUGCGACUGAUAGUUGGAGCAACACAAACAUCACAAAUAAAAAAGAUUUGGGAUUAUGUUCUGUUGUAAUUCAUGACAGAAUCGUAGUCUUAUUGAAUGUAGGAUUGUUAUCAUUCCCUGAUAUUUCAUGUUUGGGGCUCAUGAUCUGGACCAGUGGCUUUAUGCUUCUCCUCCUGCACAGGCACAAGCAGCAGGUCCAACAUAUUCAUAGGACCAGUAUCUCCCCUAGAUCCUCUGCUGAAUCCAGAGCCACACAAAGCAUCCUUGUCUUGGUGAGCACUUUUGUGUCUUUGCACACUCUCUCUUCCAUCUUUCAAAUUUAUUUGGCACUUUCUAGUAAUCCCAGCCAGUUGUUAUUGAUCUUCAUUGCACCAACUACUGUGUGUUUUCCAACUGUAAGCCCCUACAUUCUCAUGCGCCAUGACCACAGAAUAUCUACAUUUUUCCUUUCCUGGAUAAGGAUUAGAUAA